GCAUUUGGACGUGUUUUAUUGUUCUAAGAUAACCGAGCGGCUCUGUGCUCGGCCUCGUCGUGUGCAUGAUAUUUUUGCACAUAUUCCUGAACCGCGAGCGCCCAAAGAUUUGAUGCAAAUUCGUUCUAGGACUCCCUUUUGUACAUAACAUUUUGUACAUACGGUAUUCAAGUGAUGAGUUCGAGUAAUACACAGAGGGCGGGGAAAAGCAGCCGAGAUCGAGGGAACAAGUCACCGUCGACGGCGACGACACAGUCUCCCAAGGCGGUCACUGCCACAGAUGGGCAUGCCAAGCCGCCCGACGGCUUCAUUCCCAAAGUCCAGCCAACUCCCGAGCAGAUCCGGCUGGCACAGAUUAUCAAUGACCCAACGAAGCAAGAUGAUCCGGACAUCAGGAACAAAGUCAACCAGGUGAUGGAGGUGACAGGCCAGUCCAGUGAUGCAGUCGUGAUAGCACUGCAUGACUGCGACAAUGACCCCGCACGAGCCAUCACCAUGCUGAUUGAAGGCAACAAGCAGGAGGGCGAGUGGGAGACUCGGGGCAAGAAGAAGAAGCCUGUGAAGGAGGGCAACCAGCAGCAGCAGCAGCAACAGAAAGGGGACCAAAGUGGCCCCGCGAGCAGCAACAAGGAGAACCGUGGGGGGCCUCGCGGGGAGGGCGGCCCCCCACGCAACGUGCCUAGAGGGUCUGGUGGUGGCCGCGGAGGAGGUCGCGGAGGAAGCUGGAAGAAUAAGGAAAUUGAGAAGAAUGAACGAAACUUGGAAGACGGACGUUCUGGCGAGCGGACUGGUGACAUGCGGCCACGGGGAGGCAGCCGGCGGGGUGGCCGGGGGGGCCGAGGAGGGGGUGUUGGUGGCGGUCGUGGUAGCCGCACGUUCCAGAACCGGGGACUGGGUAGCCAUGAUGGCUUCCCCCAGUCUAUGGACACAUGGACCAACAGCACGUCAGCCGGAGGGCAGCGGGCAUCCAGGGGAGGUCAACAGCAGCAGCAGCAACAGCAGGAUGCCAUGCCAGUCGGCAACUGGAACGACCUGGCGGUCAGUGAGGACUGGAGUGAGGAGGACUGGACUGGUCAGCUGGAGACGAAAGUGUUCACGGCAAGUGGAGUGGCUGCAAAUCCUCCGCCAGCACCCGACACAGCAAGCAUCAUACAGCUGUUGAAGGAGUCUCCACACGAGUCAAUCAGUGUUGCCCAGUACAACCAGCAAGCUACCGAAUCUAUCAAGGCAGCUGUUGGGGUUGGCUCGGCAGCCAAUUCCGUGACCAGCAGCAGCUACCCCGUGGCUCAGACGGCGUCCUCUGCAGACGUGUCUUCUGUCACCACCUCCAAGCCAGUCCCUGCGUCCCAGCGGACAAAGACGCCAAGGGUGCGGGUGCCACCUCCCUCCAAGAUACCAGAGUCAGCAGUUGAAAUGCCAGACGACAGUGCCGUCUCUUCACUAGAAGUUCAGUUUGGUGGCCUUGAGUUCGGCACAGACACGUUUGACUUCGGGGCUGCGGAUGGCUUGGCAGCUGUGUCCACAGCACAGCCCACAAUGCCGCCAGGGUUGGUUCAGAAUGAGCAGGCAGCAGUCACUUCAUCGGUUCCCUCGUCCACACCUUACCUGGAUGGACAUCAUGGUGUCAGUAAGGUUCCAUCAUCAACAGUCUCCAGCAGUCCUGCGGGUUCGCUAGGUGCCUCCUCGGUUGCCAGCAAAGAUGUUGCUCCCGCAACGGCUGGUGCAGUGCCUCAACCACAGUCGCAGCCACCGCAGCAACAGUCUCAGCAGCAGUCACUACCUUCUCAGCCAGCAGCAGCGCCGCCUCGGCCUCCUGGCAUCCCUGCGCCCAAGGAACCUCAGGGCCUGGGAAACAGUGUGGCCCCUGCGGGCAAUGCACUGGGCAGCGUCCCCGCGUCCUCUGCAACCUCAGCAGGUGUUGCAGCAUCUGCAACUUCCUCGGCCAGUCACAAGCCUGGCUCUGUGAUGGCCCCUGAGCACCUGCUGCUGCAGUCGCAAUCCCACUCUGAGCGCAGCAAGCCUGUGUCAUCCUCAUCUGUGGCUGGCCCACAGUCCAAGAUGUAUGCUGGUGGAGCUGCAGCCCAGAGGAACAGCCAAGGGCUUGAAGGUGGGCUGUCGGCAGGCAAAGUGGAGCAGCCAAUGUACUCGUCAGCAGGUGGAGCCCAGCACUACAGCAGUGGUGCCUACCCAGGGGGUGGGGGCAAGGGCCUGGUUGGCUCCUACCUGGCCCACUCGCAGGGUUUCCCAUCAUCCACCACGGGGGCGCAGCAGCAGCAGCAGCACUACUAUGCUGCUCAGCAGCCGCAGCCCACCAGUUCUACAACUGCUGCCUUCAGCCAGCAACAGAGCAAUGGCUACCAGGGUCCAUACCAGAGCAAUGCCUAUUCUGGGCCGAGUCAGCCACAGCAGGCAAAUUAUGGGGUCUCUUCCAAGCUCUCGGCAUCCGCAGGGUUGGGUCCUCACUCAGUGAAGGAUUCAGUGCUUGACUCUUCCCAGCAAGGAACUGCCAGCCAGCACAACACGUAUGAGAAUUCGCACGUCCCUGCCACAGCAACGGGGCUUCCCUCUGGGCCAGCUUCGACGCUAGCGACAACGGCCUCCUCAUUAGCAGGGGCCACAGCAACGACGUCUGUGCUCAAGAACUCCAUGUCAGCAACAGGCAAGACCAUGCCUACGAUGCCGCCUGGAGUGCCUACUGCCAUGCUGGGCCACCAGUUCCUUGUAGGAAAUGCUGCCAUGCCAUACUAUGGCUUGCAGCAGCAGCCUUUGUAUAGCUACGAAGACUUGCAAGUGCUACAGACUAGAAUGCCACACCUGGGCUACUAUGACAUGCAGUACCCUGUGCCUGCCACGAGCCUAGCCGGCCGAGACCUUACAUUGAACAACAUGGCUUACGCAGAGAGUAACAAGUUUGGCCGUGGUGAGAACAGCGACAGCAGUCCCGGCACGGUAGCUGGGGUGGGACCCCAAGGGGCUGCAGCGGGUGCUGCAGCUGCUGCCCAGGGUGGGGCCCAAGGGGGACAGCAGGGCGCACCCCCCACGGCAGGACAGCAGGCAGCAGCCAGCCAGCAAUUCCUGAAUACACUGCCCCCUGGAUAUGGCUACUACUUCCCAUCCAACCUCAUGCCCGGAUCCAUCCACCACUACGGACCACCGCCCAUGUUCCCUGUGCCUCCAGCGACCAACGCCCACGGCCCCACCACAAGCGCGCAGUUUCAGAAAGCCAGUGCGUAUGCAUCCCACUCGUUCACCUCCGGCGGGUAUGACAGCCUGACUCAGACACCAGACUACGCCAAAAACACCUAUGGUGCAGGUUCUCAGGGACAGGCUAAGGGCAUCUCGGGUUCAUUGGGUUCGGCCGAUGCUUCCAGGUCAGGGCACACUAGAACCCACCCCCAUUUAGCAAAGUCUUUUGAGAAGCCAGGUUUUCUGACUGGUUCCCAGUCCUCGGCAGCGGCAGUGGCAUCCUCAACAGCAGCAGCAGGCCACCAGCAGCAGCCCGGAGGCUCAUCGUACCCACAAUUUGUGGGACCUCGUGGCUCGCCUCCGUCGUUGGCAAAGCAGCAGCAGCAGCAACCGGGUGGCCACAUCCGACAGGGAUACCCUUACUGGGGCAACUGAGCAGCCUGUGUGUUACGCUUGGAUGUCCUUCCCAAUAUUAGUUACUCCCUCCUUGCCCAAGCAGAGUUUGCAUCUAUGCCUCUUCACCCCCUCUCCUUUGUUUGAAGAAAAAAAUGCACCUCUCAAACUCUCUCCUCCACCCCGCCCUUCUGUCGAGAGGGAUGGAGCAGAAAAGGUUGUCUGUCCAAACGCGCUCACAAGACAGUCCCCCCCCCCCCUUUUCUGCUGCCCCCUUCUCUGUGGCCCAUCUUUUGCUCCUGUUGUAUGCCUAGCUGGGCUUGCAGGGCUCUGCUGCCAACGAGACUGUGCGACUGGACAUUAGGUCUCCAAAUGGCUGGCUGCUCGUGGGACGGUUUUUCGGGUGUAGAAACGUGUGGUGUUCCGUGCCUCUGCAUACUGUUGUGGCCCUGCUGCAGUGAUAGUGAUACUGCUCGCUGCCUCUUUUUUUCUCUCUGUGCUUAAGACCAACUUUUUUUUUUUCUUUCUUGCAUUUUUUCCUUUUCUUUGCCUCACCACAUCUUUACCUGCGCAGUUGCUCUUCUAUCUCUUCUUGUAGCAUGCACUUGCUGUAUUAUAGCCCCUACAGGCUUUUUUCCCUCUUCAAAUUUGUCUUCUAGUUUGUCAUGAACUUCUGCAAGAGCGAAAGACUCAAGGCAAUGUGUACUGGCAAUGGCAGGCUCUGGUGUUCUUGCCACUAGUAGAAGCAUGACCAUUUCUUUUCAGACAUGUCUUGCUGGGUGGGGUACUCUCGCAAGGCAGCGAUUGUGUGAAGUCAUUUCGGGGAAAUGUGCUUUUUUUUUUUCCUACAAAUAUUUGCUUUUCAACACAUGCUGCUGCAUGGAUGGUUUAUGCCUGCAAAGUGUUCUAAUAUCAUAUUUUUUCUUUGACUAUAUUUCGAACAAGACCUAAUGCAUUGCUCCUUGGCUCAUUGGGCUUGUUUUUUGUUGCUCAUAGUUCAGUCUUUCUUCCUUUUUUCCUUUUUUAACAAUCGGAUGCCUGCGGGCCAGUUGUAGAGCAUCCUUCAAAAACAUUUUUCACCAUGUGGAACAGUGCUCUGUAAACACACCCUUGAUGUAAAGCAUUAGUGGUGACAUUUGAUAGCAAAAAUGGAAACUUGGCAAAGGUGUAGGAUCAACAAUGUUUCUUGCAUUUGUUUGUUGGCAGAUUGUGAGUGUUAUGAUAAAAAGCUUAGCCAGCGCUUUUUUUUUUUUCUAAAAGUUUCUUUAAAGCUAUCUGGAGCAGGGGGGGGGGUGUAUUUUUGUGGCUCCUUGAGUAGUUCCAUCUCUUGCAUGUUUGCUUGGGCAGUGCCAUUGUCUGUGGCAUCCACACCAUGCCUAAUGGCAGUGCUGCACCAGUCUUAAUGCUGCCGUUUCACAAAUGUGCCACUUGGAUUUUUCAACGCGAUGAGCACCAGCAAAGACUCGGUACAGCACAUUAAAAAAUAAAAAAUUAUACACAGUACAAAGUGUACUUGAGACUUUGCCAAGUCCAAAUAGCGCAUUUUGAGAUGACAUUACACAGAUUGGUGUCGCUUUGCCGCCUUUUGUUAGUCUAAAGGCUCUAGAUUGAAACAGCACCAGCAAGGAAUGGAACUAUGGAGGGAGCUGUCUAUUUGGGUUGUCGUUAUCUGAAUAGCCUGAGCUGAACUUAUCCCAUUGCGUGUGCUUGAUUCUCGUUUCUCUUUUGCCUCUCCAUUUUGUUAGUGCGUGUGCGCUUGAGUGGUUCUUUUGUACAUAUUUGCCAGGAAGUGACAUCGUGAGGCACUUUGCUGCAUUCAUAUUCUGCGCCAUAUUUUUUUACAGAAGCUUUUUUUUUUUCUUGCAUUCUGGUGUGCGUGUCUGUGUGCUUGUGUGUGUGCAUGCUGCUUUCAUUGCUCUCCUCUAUUUUUUUCAUAUUUUUUUUUUUAACUUGCAGUUAACAAGCUUACGAUUGCCAGGCGCUAGCAGGCAGGCUGUGGCGUUGUGAAUGGGGGAAAGCAUUGCCUCCACGUUUUAAUUUUCUGACGUGAUAGUGCGCUGCCGUAAAGGGGAAAAGAAUGUCCGCAGAGUGCAGUUGUGUUUACAAAUUUGCUCUUUCUGCAAUUUUUUUUUUUCUUGGUAGUCUGUUAUAAGUAGCACUUGGGUGUGUGGUGUGGAGAUAAGGGAAUUGCAGCAGCCUACGGUAGUAUUUUUUCUACUGAGCCAUCUUGCACGCUGUGAGAAUGUUGUUCUCCCCUCCUGUAAUAUUUUUGUGCCCUCCAUUUUCGUUUGUGAAGUUGACACACAUAAAAUAUAUAUAUAUAUAAUGUAUAUGUAUACAUAUUCGUAGGGCAAGUGAAACAGAGCAAACGAAGUCCCCUUGUAAAGUUGUUUUACCCUACACGGAAGCAAGAAAUGUGUGGCACUGCUGCAUGAAAUCAGGAUGAGAAGAGAGAGAAAAAAAAUAAAUGUUUGUAAAUAUAUGAAUAUAAAUUUUUUGUUUGUUUUCUUUCUCACUGUGUUAUCAGCCUGACGUUUCCUCGCAGUGCAGAAUGCUCAUGGUCUGAUAUAAGGAUGCAAAUGGGAAGUGCUGGUAGUUUGUUUGUGUGGUGAGACGGUGUGAUAUAUAUAUAUAUAGUUUGUGACGAGAGGCUCCAGAAAAAAAAUAAAAUACUUGUCAUUAAUUUUGA